AGUUCGCUUUAUACGGCGCUGGCCUCAGUGUUCAGAGCGCUUCAAAACAAAAUUGUGUUUAGCAACCAGUUUCCCGAAUUUUUGACUAAAAUGAUCGAGGAGCACGAUGAACGUGAAACAAUCUGCGAUUCAGUGAAUUCACUGGUCGAAGGCUGCCGUUUACCGGUUAAAAUGCACGGCACGGACGAUUGGCCACUAGCUGAAAUCAUCAGUAUCAAAGAAGUACAUGGUGUCAAAUGUUAUUACGUUCACUAUGUGGAUUUCAACAAACGAUUAGACGAAUGGGUUAUGGAAGAUUCUCUGGACACGAGAAAAGUCCAGUAUCCACGUCGUGAUGGAACGACACCAGGAACUGGUGCGGCGACUCCAAAAAAACAGGCAGCCAGCAGGCCUCCCAGUCCCAGCAGUGUCAGCAGUGAACCAGUCAAUGGUUCUGCUGUACUGCAAGCUGCUCUACAAAAGAAAAUGUCUAGAAAAAGAAAAGCGGCUUUCUUAGAAAACGAGGAUUCUCAAGAUGGCCCACCACAAACACCGGGUCCUAGACCCACUGGUUCUCUAGUUGCACAUCACCAUCACGUAGUAACGCGAAUAAAAAAUGUAGAGCUAAUCGAACUAGGUCGCCAUAGAAUAAAACCUUGGUAUUUUAGUCCAUAUCCGCAGGAGAUGGUAAAUUUAUCUUGUAUAUAUAUCUGUGAGUUCUGCCUGAAGUACAGAAAAAGCCGAAAAUGCAUGGAGAGGCAUUUAGUCAAAUGUAAUCUACGUCAUCCACCUGGGAAUGAGAUAUAUAGGAAAGGAUCUAUAUCGUUCUUCGAAAUUGACGGACGCAAGAACAAGAAUUACGCACAAAAUCUUUGCCUACUAGCGAAGCUAUUUCUGGAUCACAAGACUCUCGAUUAUGACACGGAUCCCUUUUUAUUCUAUGUAAUGACGAACUUUGAUAGCAGAGGAUUUCACAUAGUCGGCUACUUUUCCAAGGAGAAAGAGUCAACGGAGGAUCACAAUGUAGCAUGCAUUCUUACACUGCCACCGUAUCAGAGGAGAGGCUACGGCAAGCUCCUGAUAGAAUUUUCAUAUGAACUGUCGAAAUUCGAAGGUAAAACCGGCUCGCCCGAGAAACCACUCUCCGAUUUGGGUCUUCUCUCAUAUCGAAGUUAUUGGGCGCACACAAUACUCGACAUCCUCCUGAACAUUAAGCCAGUAGUGGAAAAUGAGAAACCGCAGAUAACAAUAAGCGAAAUCUGCGAAUUGACGUCGAUCAAGAAGGAGGACGUAAUAUCGACCUUGCAAAACUUGAAUCUCAUUAAUUACUACAAAGGGCAAUACAUCGUGAGGUUAAAUAGGGAAAUAAUCGAGCAACAUGCAACCGCAAUGGAGAAAAGACAGAUCAGGAUAGAUCCUAAGUGUUUGCAUUGGACACCGAAAGACUGGAGUAUUAGAGCCAAGUGGUGAAGUGAAGCUCCGAACUGACAAUAAAGCGAUGUUAUAACUUGUCUUGAAAUUAUUUUCAGGAAUCCUAACGGAAAUAAUUAUGAUUAACGAAAAUGUACAAAAAUUGUACAUAUUUAUGUAUUAAUUCGUGACCUCAACGGUCUAGCGUUUUAAUAAGACUGCAUUUGGCGUUGCGUACGCUUUCAGCGAUGUUGUAGUAACUUCAUUGACGCACGCAGAUCUCGGUUGUAGAGCGCUAAGAUCAUACCGCGUAUGUGUGUGUGCUCGCGGAUUUUACCUGAGAAGAUAUUUGCUAUAACAGCAUGUAACUAGAAGUCAGACGCAAUGUUUUAAUACGGUGGUUACGAUUUUUUUAAACGACAUACAAAAACCACCAUCGCCAUUACGACGAUCAUGUUUGUACAGUUAUCUUUAUCGGUCUUGUAAAUUGUAAAUAAAUAUGAUUUUAUAACAUAU